CUAGACUUUUUCGUCCUUCAUUCCAAAUUUUGGUAGAAAAAACGGAAGAGAACAAACUGAAGUUACUUGUCCGAAAAAAAGAACAACAGAAUGUGUUGCUGUAAUCUCCUCUUCGGCUUUCACCACUGUUUUCCUCUUCCUAUUUGGCUAGACUGCAACUUUCAACUUGACCUUGGCCUCCAGCCGCGUCUAACUCGAGUACAACCAAAUGUACCAUAUUUCUGGUAUUUUGUGGACACAGAGCUUGUGCUUACAUUCACACAUCGCUGUGCCAAAGGUGAGUUUGAUUUAAUUUUUGUUUGUUGCCAUAGUAUUCAUUUUAAAUGUAUCCAUAAUAGAUAAAUUUAUUGUUUUUCUGGAAAACUUCAUGCGCAUUAAUUGUGCGUAAAAACCCCACUCAAAGGCAGCCAAUUCAGUUGAAAUACUUUAAUAUUAGCAUGUUAAAUUUGGGCAAAAUGUCACUUUUUACUGAAAGCAAAUAAAAAACUUCAAUAUUUGCAUACAAAACCUUUAAAAAAUCGAAUCAAGACACCAGAGUUGUUUAAGCUUUGUCUUUAAAAUUAAAGCGUAAUUAUUUUGGCACGCGUAAUUGCGCAUUAAAUACGCCGAAUAAAAUACUUAUCACUUACAUGUGUUAGAUAAUUCAUCAAGAAACUCUGUCUACGUAGCACCAUGUGAAAGAAAAAAUCGCCUUCAUAUGACAGUUUCACUCAGAUUGAGAUUUCAAAAUCACUUGAGAUUUGGGAAAAAAAAUACCCACAGAGCUUUUUGGCAAAGGGAUGUACAGUAUCUUCACAAACACACAGCCUGAUCUGCAUUAUCUGAUGUCUAGACGUUUAUCAUCUCCUUUGCAUAUCACGUGUUUGGCCCUGGCCAAUAACCUCGCGAUCUUUAUGUACUCAGCCGUGUUGGUAUCGUUACUCUGCCCGAGUCCCUGUCUCUGCUCAGUCGAGGGGAUUUUGAAAAAGAGUUGGUCGUCUCAAUGUAGGGCAUGCUAUGACCGCCUCAUUACUCCUCCACUCGCACUGGAUUGACCCGGUGAUGUUCCUCUACGACAACGGUUUGGAUGAGAGAAGCAAGAACAUGGAAGGAUUUACUGGAGGCAAUUUUGCUGCAAAUCAGUGCCGGAAUUUGUUAGCGCAUCCAACCUCAUUGGCUCCCAGCACCACCUACACUGCGAGUGAGGUGCCAGUCUCUGGCAUGGGGGAGCCUGGCAAACAAUGCAGCCCCUGUUCUGCCACUCAGAGCUCGCCCAACGCAUCUUUACCCUAUGGAUAUUUUGGCAGCAGUUAUUACCCAUGUAGGAUGUCACACGGCAGCGUCAAGGCUUGCGCGCAGCCCUCCGGUUAUGGCGAUAAAUACAUGGACUCGUCGGUCACUGGUGAGGAGUUCUCCACCAGGGCGAAAGAAUUUGCAUUUUAUCAAGGCUAUUCCUCGGCCCCUUACCAGCCCAGCUACUUGGACGUGCCUGUCGUACCUGCCCUGAGUGCUCCAUCUGAGCCCAGACACGAGUCUCUGCUGCCCAUGGAGCCCUACCAGCCAUGGGCCAUCACCAACGGUUGGAGUGGUCAGGUUUACUGCACCAAGGAGCAGCCACAGUCAAACCCUCUGUGGAAAUCCUCGUUACAAGACACUAUAACUGGUGGAGACAGCUCUAUCCGUCGUGGGAGAAAGAAGCGUGUGCCAUACACCAAGGUGCAGCUUAAAGAACUGGAAAGAGAGUAUGCCACCAAUAAAUUCAUCACCAAAGACAAAAGAAGAAGGAUAUCCGCGCAGACAAAUCUCACAGAGAGACAAGUGACAAUCUGGUUUCAGAACCGGCGCGUAAAGGAGAAAAAAGUCGUCAAUAAAUUCAAGAGCUCCAGUUAGCUCCUGUAUCAGGAAGUGAAAGAGGCGGACAUGGAUGCGCUUUCAUCCACAAACUGUGCCAUAAUUUAUUACACUCCGAACGGUUUGGUUGUCGCCAGAAAGGCUCUACACGUUUGACCUAUACAUUUCCUUCCUCACGUUUUAAUUGGAACCAGUCGAUACGGCCUGUUGGCAGAAGAUUGGAAAUGGUUUGGAACAUGUUUACCAAGGCGACUCAGCGUGGGAUGUUUUUAAUAUUUCCAAAAGAUAAGACAUUCUGCCUUGAGGCACAAGACACUCCGUCCAGUCGUGCGUUUUUCUUCUAUUUAACCCAGAAAUGAAGGCUGAAGCCCCACUUUCAACCUUCAUUUUUUUACGCAUUAAUGCAGUAGUAAACAAAAAACUAAACACCAUGAAAACAGGCCAGGCUAAACAAAUGAAAAUAACCGUUAAAUAUAUGACCCCAAUUAGUAAAGAAAACUCUAUUCCUCAGUUUGGAAACUUGAAAAAUAGAGUUUACGCAACAAUCCAACCAGUUCAUUUAAAAUAAGCCUUUAUCUAUUAAUAUCAGCCUAGUAAAACUAGCCAGUGGCUUAGCUCUCACUUUGUCCACUUCACUAUUUCUUUGUUUAUUUUCUCUCUGAAUACAGGGUUUUUAAAAUCAAAUUUACUCAACGUGCUCACCACUUAUGCAGUUUCUACCUGUCCUUCAGUAUUUUUUUCUUUUUUUUUUGCAGAAAACACAUUUAAACAUGUAAAUACUACAACUGCAACUAUCUAGCCUCCCUUUUUUGACUGCAAUAGCCAACGUUUUUGACAAUAAAUGUUUGAGAGAUGUGA